AUGUCUUGUUACAGGGUACAACGAGGAUUUAAAACACGUUGCAGGCCAUUUCAUUUAGUAGAGAUGAUUAAAAAAAUUUCAGAUGAUCAAAUCAAGGCUGUUAAAGAAAUUGGCUUUGGAGGUUUGUUAUCUUUGAAGGUUAAAUGGAGGUCUCAUUUUGGUCUUAUGGGUGAGAAUGAUCAGAUUCCUUUGGGUUUUUUGGAAUCUAAGAUCCCUUUACUAGUAGAUGGCGGGGAAGAAUUCAGACAACUUUUUAUCAUGCAUGCUUUUUCAAGUUUUUUAGCACCUACGUCCAACAGAACUGUGGAUUUGAGAAUUGUAAAAUGUUUGGUUGAUGUUAAUCAAAUAAGAACUUAUGGUUGGUCAAAAUAUGUCUUAGAUAGACUUUGUGAAGAUGUGAAGAGCUACAAAGAAGAAAAUAUAUAAUGGU